AGAUACGGGAGUUGCCGAUCGGACGCUUCUUAGCCAUGCGCUCGUUCUUCUGGUUGGCGCUAUUGGUCGCAGCGGUCGUCGCUGGCGACCGCAAAGCCAAGACCUUCCUCUUGCCAGAGACCGCGCGCUUCCACCUCAGGCCGCUGCUCCAGGCCUUUGACGCGCUCGGCAUCACCGAGUACAACGGCGAGGACGCCGACUCGUGGCACGCCGCCAAGUACACGGACGACGUCGACUUGAUCUGGAGCUACGAGUACGUGCAGCUGGGCGCCAUUGGGCCGCUCACGCGCCGCCACAAGGUGAACCACCUCCCGGGCAGCUUUGUGCUCGUCUCGAAAGGCCACGUGUACGAGACACAGCAGCGGCUGCAGGCCGAGCACGGCAAGUUCGACUUCAACUUUAUUCCAGCGCAGUACCGACUGCCGCAGGACGUCGACGAGUUCUCGGCGGCGUUCCGCGCCCGGCGCGACGACUCGCAUCUCGCAACCAAGCCGAAUGACCCGCUGUACAACCGCCGCUGGUUGUUAAAGAGCCAGGCGCAUCGCGGCGUGCGCUUCUUUAGCGGCAUGGAGGAGCUCGGCGAGCACAUGCACACGAACGACAUGGUCGCGCAGUGCAUUGAGCCGCUGCUCAUCUCGGGCCACAAGUUUGACAUUGGCCUUUACGUGGCCGUGACGUCAAUCGACCCGCUCCGCAUCUACAUGUGCAAGCUUCCGUACCCUGUGUCGCUCGACAACGCCGCCGACCUCGAGUCGUACGUCGUCGACGAGUACCUCCCGCCCUGGGAAAUGCCGGCGCUGCGCGAUUUUUACACUGAGCUGCCGUCGAAAACACGUGAAGGCACGAGCCAUUUUGCCGUCUUGAAGAAGCACCUCGACGCCAUCGGCUUGGACGCUGACAAGUUUGAGCGUGAGAUCUACGGCGACGUCAUCAAGAUCAUUGCCGGCAACCGCGCCCACUUUAUCGACGCUGAGCGCACGUACCGCCGCCAGCACCGCCAGACGCAAGACAACAUCGGGAGCAACUUUUUCGAAAUGUACCGGUUCGACUUUAUGGUCGAGGACAACGGCAAGCCAUGGCUCAUGGAGGUCAACCAGUCGCCGAACCUCGCGCCCAAGUUUUUUGACUCCGGAACAGACGCUGCGAUGAAGGACGGGAUUGUGCACGACCUCUUGCACAUGGUCGGCGUGCAGUCGCCAACCGACAAGAGAAGUCCACCUCAGCUCGACGCCGCCAGUUGUGCCGACCGAUGCAAGGACAAAGCGUCGCAGCUAUGGGACAUGGGCUGCUGGAGCUGCGACCAAUGGCUGAGCAAGCGCGAGGCGCAAACGCUGUUCGAAGCGGCCACCGAACACGCGCGCCGCGGCAAGUUCAACCUCGUGUACCCAGCGGACAAAACGUACGACAGCUUUGUCUCGGGCGGCUUGAGCGCUGACGACAACACCUUUGCCGCCUACUUGACUUCGUUCGCGACCCACGCUGCGAACGAGCCGAGCCAAGUGCUGGAUGCGCUUCUCUGUUCACGCCGCGUUGACUGCAGCAAGCACGGCGACUGCGUCAACGGCGCUUGUGUCUGCGACGUGGGCUACGAAGGCAAGACGUGCUACAUCUCGACAGGCCGCAAGCAGCGAGAGGAAGCAGCCGCUCGAAAGGCCAAAAAAGAAGCCGAGCAAGCCGAUGAGGAGGCAGCACGACCAAAGGCCCCAGCAGGUGUGCUGCUGCAGCCCGGCAAUCUCCGUGAGGCGCAGGACGCGCCCAUGUACCCGCGGAGCAUGAUCGUCUUCCUCUUUUGCGCCGUUCUCACCUUGACGGGCGCGUUUGCGUAUGCAAACCGCAAGUACUUGCAAAAGUCGCUGACCAAGAGCAGCUAGAUGUUUGAUACAGCUUGAUAUCUUGAUACAAUUCAGUUGACACAAUGGACAGAAACG